AUGAAGACCAGCCAGCCAGAGGAAUCUCUUCAUCUCGAAAAUACAUCUCCCAAACUCCCAUUCAAUGACUCAUCUGGAGAUGAAGAAUGGCCGUCACAGUCGUCGCAAGACCCACAAAACUGGCCCGGGUGGAAAAAGGAUGCCCAGAUUCUCAUGGUCGCUUUCCAUUCUAUGAUGGGUACAUUCAUGGCCGCUGGGAUUAUUCCAGCGUAUGACGCGUUUGCUGAAGAGUAUGGCGUUACUGUACAAGCAGCAAGCUAUUUGACUUCAUUCCAGAUCCUCCUUCUCGGCCUUUCUCCCUUGAUUUGGAAUCCAUUAACCGCCGUAUACGGUCGAUACAACGUCAUCCUGCUGUCCGUCUUGGGGAGCAUGGCUUGUAAUAUCGGUGGUGCUCGAUGCACAUCGUAUGGUGCUCAGAUGGCUACUCGCGUCCUAACGGCUUUCCUCAUCUCGCCACCAAUCGGCAACGGAAGUGGUGUGAUUACACAGUUAUGUGAGCCCGAAAAGCGAGCCCAGAAGCUCGGGUGGUGGACUCUCAUGACCACAAUUGGAACGCCGGCAGGCCCUUUCUUUAUGGGCUUUGUUGUAAAACAUAUCGGGGUACAAUGGAUCUUCUGGAUCUUUGCCAUAAUAAACUUCUGCCAAUUCCUGCUAUAUUUGGCGAUUGGCGACGAGACAAUUUAUAACCCCGACAACGAGCGAAAGCCGACUGGAAUUUGGGGCAAAAUUAUACCGCGAAAGAUCAGCUCCCGCUCAUUAAGUCUUCAAGAUUUCAUCGCCCCCUUUGAAAUGUUUAAAUACCCGCGGGUCUUGAUUGCCGCCUGCGCUCAUGCAGUUACUUUCUGCUAUGGCAACAUUGCGUUGAUUGUCGAGAUGCCCAUAGUAUUUGGCGAAAGGUUCAACUUUGAUGCCCAGCAAAUUGGUCUGCAGUUCAUUGCAAUCAUCGUCGGAUGUGUACUCGGUGAGCAGGUCAGUGGACCGAUGUCUGACUGGUUCCUUCGUCGUCUACAUCAAAAAAGAGGCCACUCGUGCCCGGCUGAUCGCCUCUGGUUAUCUUACAUUGCGUUUGCGACGAUAAUCGCUGGCUUAUUGACUUGGGGAUUUCAAUUACAACAUGCUACAACCUGGAAUGUUACCCCUUGCGUGGGUGCUGGAAUCGCCAGUUUUGGAAAUCAGAUGCAAACUACAAUUCUGACAACAUUUGCAGUGGAAAGUAAAAAGGAGAGAGCCGCAGAGGUUGGCAUAUUUGUGAAUAUCUGUCGUCAAAUUUAUGGGUUUCUUGGUCCUUUUUAUUUCCCAGACAUGUUCGCCGCUUUGGGACUUGGAGGAGCUGCAGGCGUGAUGGUAGCCAUUAUCGCCGCGUCUGCUUUGUUACCCAUUAUCGCGGUGCAAUCUGUUGCCAGCCGAACAGAUAGUAUACAUCGGAAACCAUAG